AUGAACCGGGAGAAGAUGAUCCUGGCGACGUCCUCCUUUGUUCUUGUGCUUGUUUUUGCAGCAAACAGGUCAGCUGAUGCUGCGGAACCACCUCCCUAUAGUCUGGCCUGUCCAGGCUGUCUAGAUACGUGUGGUAAUUUUACAAACAUUCCGUAUCCUGGUGGAAUUGGACCUAUCUGCUUCUUGGAUCCCCUGUACGAGAUCAAUUGCCAGCAAACCCACGGCAUCUCUGCUCUGGUACUUAAGAAUUUCAGCGUAGUGAUGUUAGAUAUCCAGCUGCUGCAAAGUUUAGACUCCCUAGGCCUCAUUAAGGCUGAAAACUAUGUUGUUGCCGAAUGUAGUGAUAUCCAAGCCUUGAUGGUCAUCAGUGAUACCCCACAGCAGGUCAUAGGAUGCAGGUUUUCCUGUGGCAGAAACGGGACUCUUGGAUUUUACCAGUGA